UUGGUUUUGAAAGAGGGGCGAAAUACCUACAUUUUCUUUGAUUAUUUUUCAUAAUUCACUCUAAUUAUGAAGAUAAAAAUUCAAUUGAAGUACAUAAGUAAUUGUUAUACAGUAUUAUUUCUAAAUGUCGAUUAAAAAUAUCUAUUCCACGAUUAAAAAAAAACUGUUAUCAUUGGGUUUGACAUAAACAGUAGGAAGUUAAAUCGACCUGACAAAAGAAUAUUUCCGUUCUUCAGGAAAAUUACGGAUAUUUUCAAAGGGAUGUCAUUUAUGUGUCUGAAACAAUAGCAGGUGUUUUUCAAUCAAGGCGUUUCCGUUUAUUUAUUGAGGUGUAUUUAAGACGAUUUUCUCCAGGUUUAAAAUCAGUCUUUAUUGAGAUUUUGAACUGUAUAAGUUUCCAUCGUAGGCCAUUAACAUGAGGUGCAUUUCUGACAACAACAAAACUGAAAUUGGGAUUCUUAUACCGCUAAUAUUAUGCUGUAUAACUAUGAAUUUAGUACAUGGAUAUCCUGGUGAGGAUUUCCGUUAUAUCGACCGAGAUUUGGCCAGUCCAGGAGCCCAUCAACUAGCUAGUUGGCUAGCUUCUCAGUUACGAUCAAAGGAAAUAAUUGUACCAGUCGAGGUUCCAGCUAUACCUUAUAGAUUACCAUUGCAAGGAAAACGGAAUUCCGAAGUGACGAACGCCAUAAUGGGAUCCGAAGAAAGUCAAAAGAUGUAUAGAGAAGGGCGUUGAAUAAUUUAUUUUCUGUAGACUUGUCAUUUAAAUGAUUAAAAUAUUGAAUUUGUAAUUUCAAUAGCGAUAUAUAUUGUAGAAUAAAAAUUUGUUUGUUCCACCUU